UUCCCACGCUGCACCCAAAACCACCCUCUCCCCGGGACGGGGUGAUUUUUGCAGAGGGUCUGGCUGCAAACCCCCUUUUCCAAUUGCUACGGGUGCAUCCCGAAUAUCACCAUCCCCAGGGAUACCCCAAAUAUCAUUGGCCAGGGAUGCAAACCCCAUGGCCGGAUCCAGGACUGGGGAAGGCAAAGCAAGGCCAAGGUUAUCCAAGCCGGAGCAGCGGCGGGACGGGCCGUCCCAGUGCUGAGAUGCUUCGUGGAUGAUUCAGAAACACCACCAAAAAUAUUGCAAAGGCCCCGAGUUGUUGCUUUCUUUAUGCUGCACCCUUCGCCCUAAAAUCAGCCGCCAUGCCCCGGAGGAAAGCGGCGGGACCGCCCUGGGAAACGGGCCCGGGCAACGGGGCGACGGCGGCGGUAACGAGGAGGAGGAGGAGGAGGAAGAAGCCCGGCCCGGCGGCAACGGCGGCGGCAACGGCGGCGGGAGGGAGGCGACGACCGCGGCCGGAGCUCGGCGGGGGGAGCAGCGGAGGAAGCAGCGAGGAAGAAACUCCCCCGGCCCGGCGGGCGAGGGACGGCAGCCCCGGGGGGAGGAGGCCCGGCAGGCCCGGGGGGGCCGGUGCUGCUGGCGGAGGAGGAGGAGGAGGAGGAGGAGGAGGCGCGGCGAGGGGCCAGAGCGUCGUUAUCUGCGAGCCCGAGCACAGCAAGGAGCGCAUCAAACUGGAGGGCUCCAAGUGCCGGGGGCAGCUCCUCAUCUUCGGAGCCACCAACUGGGACUUGAUCGGCCGCAAAGAAGUGCCUAAGCAGCAAGUUGCAUAUCGUAAUCUGGGCCAGAACUUGUGGGGGCCGCACAGGUACGGAUGUCUCUCAGGUAUUCAGGUGCGAAGCGUGGUUUCGGGACCCUGCGCUGCUCACAGCCUGCUCAUCACCGCCGAGGGCAAGCUCUGGAGCUGGGGUCGCAAUGAAAAAGGGCAAUUGGGCCACGGGGACACGAAGCGGGUGGAAGCCCCGAAGCUCAUCGAGGUGCUGGGGGGCGAAGCCAUCGUGCUGGCAGCCUGCGGCCGUAACCACACUUUGGCGCUUACAGAAAGCGGCUCGGUGUUCGCCUUCGGGGAGAAUAAAAUGGGGCAGCUGGGGCUGGGGAACCAGACGGACGCCGUGCCCAGCCCUACGCAGAUCAUGUACAACGGGCAGCCCAUCACCAAACUGGCUUGCGGGGCCGAAUUCAGCAUGAUCAUGGAUUGCAAAGGAAACCUCUACUCCUUCGGGUGCCCCGAGUACGGGCAGCUGGGGCAUAAUUCGGAUGGGAAAUUCAUCGCCCGGGCGCAGCGGAUAGAGUACGACUGCGAGCUGGUGCCGCGCCGCGUGGCCAUCUUCAUCGAAAAGACCAAAGAUGGGCAGAUCCUGCCCGUCCCCAACGUGGUGGUGCGGGACGUGGCGUGCGGGGCCAACCAUACGCUCGUCCUGGACUCGCAGAAGCGCGUUUUCUCCUGGGGAUUUGGGGGCUACGGGCGGCUGGGCCACGCCGAGCAGAAGGACGAGAUGGUGCCUCGGCUGGUCAAGCUCUUUGACUUCCCGGGGCGCGGGGCGGCGCAGAUCUACGCCGGCUACACAUGCUCCUUCGCCGUCAGCGAGACAGGCGGCUUGUUUUUUUGGGGUGCCACCAACACCUCCCGGGAGUCCACCAUGUACCCCAAAGCCGUGCAGGACCUCUGCGGCUGGAAAAUCCGCAGCCUAGCCUGUGGGAAGAGCAGCAUCAUCGUGGCGGCAGAUGAGAGCACCAUCAGCUGGGGUCCCUCGCCCACCUUCGGGGAACUGGGCUACGGGGACCACAAGCCCAAAUCCUCGACGGCCGCCCAAGAGGUGAAGACCCUGGAUGGGAUCUACACGGAGCAGGUGGCCAUGGGCUACGCCCACUCGCUGGUGAUCGCCCGCGACGAGACCGACACCGAAAAAGAGAAGCUCCGCAAGCUGCCCGAAUACAACCCCCGCACCAUCUGAGGGGCUCUCCCCCAAACUGGGACCUGGGAUCCCCCCCUCCAAAAACCCCGCUUUUCCAAGCCAGCCGCGGUUUUAACUACCUGUUCUCCCAUUUCCAAAGCCUUGGGAGUUUUUAUUCCCCCCCCUCCCAUGGCUUUUUGAGUUCCCGACCGUAGCAGGAUCUUUUGGCACAUCCAGGCUUAUUUGGGGGGCGGGGGUGUUAUUUUUUUAAUUAUUUUAAUUUUAUUUGUAUUUUUCUGCAUCACUUUUUAUUAUUUCCCCUUUUCCCAGCCGCAAAUAACCCCGGCCGUGGGCUUGGGGUAAAAUUGGGGACCUGAAGAGUAGCUGCAAAACACCUCUUUUUCCCCAAUAUUCCAAUUUUUUGGCAUUUUUCCCAAAUACCCCCCCACUUUGGGUGCUAUAAUUUUGGGGGGGUUCCCCCCUCCUCCAGCAUCCCUUUUCCCGGAGGGAUUCAGGAUAUGGAUGUCAUCCCACAUUCCCCAAGGGCCAAACCCAUCCCCAGCAUCAUUUUGGGGUUUCCCUCCCCGCUAUCGCAGCCCUCGCCCACCCCAGGGAGAUCUCAGGUAUGAAGAGGGGAGCCCUAAAGCAUCGCAUAAGCUUUUUCUUGGAAUUCUUCUUAAUUUGUUUUAAUUAUUAUUAAUUAUUUCCACCUGGUAUCAGCCCAAAGUCCCUCCUACAACGCUGUGCACUGUGCUGGAGAAACGAGGUGCCUUUUCGAGCAGAGCCCAGCUCUGCCUCCAUGCAACCCAAGGGUGAUUUUUUAAUUUUUAUUUUGGAAUUUGGAGGGUUUAUUUUGAAUUAUUUUUUAUUAAUUUUUUAAGUCCUUUCCGCUCUCCCCAACGGGUCGCGCUGGGUGCUCGGGGGCGGCGUUCGCGCCUGUUUGGGGAGUUUUGCAGUAAAAAAAGUGGGGGGGAGUUCAUUUGCUUUGGGGUUGGGGGUUAUUUGGGGGGUUUUUUGAGGGUGUGUUAGAGAGAAAAUAUCCAGGACAGGGAGAGCAGCUGGGCGGAAAAGUCAAAUAUUCCGCUCUUUUAGCAAUAUUAGGUUUUUUGUGGUUGUGGCACAAGUGGGUGCCGCGGCCCCAGUUAAACAGGGGGUGGAGAAAUCACCAAAACCUCACUUUUACCUGCCCCAAAAGCAUCAUUUUUGUUCAUCCUGCCCACCAGCAAAAUAAUUUGUAGCCUGAUUAAACUUCUCCCCCCUCGGCCCGCCCUGUUCCGGCCACGGGCGAGCGAAGGAGGAGGCUCAAGGAAGAAAAGAAUCCUGAACCACGAGGAUCUCAGAACAACUCAUCCUUUAGGAGAGGGUCCUGGGUUAGUGCUGUAAUUGUCUUCUUCAUGGGUUUUUUUUUUAUAUUUCUUGGAGUAAAUGUUUAAAUAAACGACGUCAUUGUGUA